CUGCCGCUGGGCUUGGCCGCUUGGGUCUGGGAGGCUCGGACGACUUGGAGUUGGAGCCCUCGCUGUCGCAUAUCGUCUUUCUAAUCGGCGAAGAGAAACCAGCAGAAGAGGAAGGAAGAUGGCAGCGGCGGCGACCGGCGGCGGGAUCUCCGCUGACGUCCCCAUCCUCCACUCGGAGAACCUCACCAGCAACGUCAAAUCCAUCUACUACAGUCGGACAUUUUUGUCAAUCAUCAGUGGAGUUGUUGCCGGAAUCUGGGGAUUCACAGGUUUGAUGGGGUUUGUGUUCUACCUUCUUGUAAUGAUGGUGGCAUCUCUCGGGCUUUUGGUGAAGGCCAAGUUUUCAAUCCAUACCUACUUCGACAGUUGGAACAGGAUUUUGAUUGAAGGAGUUUUUGGUGGCCUUAUGUCUUUUGUGCUGUUUUGGACGUUUGCCUAUGAUAUUGUGCACAUCUUCUGAUGGAUGGAACAAAACAACUCAAUUCGGAAGAGACCCAAAGGGUGCUGUGGGGUUUCUCCUUGAACUAAAUUAGCGUGUAACCACACCAACUCUGGAGGAUUACAUAAUCUACAUUCAGUGGACUACUGUCCUGUUUUGUCCCCCCUCAUGUAUCAGUUAUAGCCCUGUACUUUAGAAAGAUGCAAGUUGAUUAAGUUUGAUUUACAAACUGAUGUAGAAGUGACACCUCCAAUUGCUGGCAAGUAUGGUCCUUAUUCUUUUGAACAAUCUAGAACUUGCCCGGUAGUGGACAGCUGGUCAUUUUGCAUUUAUUAGUGCUUCUCAGUGUGCUUAUACAUAACCUCA